AUGGAGGCGCUGGGCAUGGACUGGCUGCUGGAGCCGCUGCACCAGCUGGUGUCGUGGGGCGCGGCUGGCGCCAUGGUCUUCGGCGGCGUGGUGCCCUAUAUCCCUCAGUACCGGGACAUCCGCAGGACGCAGAACGCCGAUGGCUUCUCCACCUACGUGUGUCUGGUGCUGCUGGUGGCCAACAUCUUAAGGAUCCUCUUCUGGUUCGGAAGACAGUUUGAAUCUCCUCUCCUGUGGCAGAGCAUAAUCAUGAUCUUGGCCAUGCUGCUGAUGCUGAGAGUCUGCACCCAGGUACGGGUGGCCAACGAGCUGAACCUCAAACGCCGCUCCUUUGCAGAUAGUAAGGAUGAAGAGCUCAGAGCCCCCCUCAGGCGGUCCUACCUGGACUUCGACCCUCACCAUUUUUGGCAUUGGAGCAGUUUCUCGGACUACGUGCAGUGCAUGCUGGCCUUCUCGGGCGUGGCGGGUUACAUCACCUACCUGUGCAUCGACUCGGCCCUCUUCGUAGAGACGCUGGGCUUCCUGGCUGUGUUCACCGAGGCCAUGCUGGGCGUGCCACAGCUGUGUCGCAACCACCGCCAUCGUUCCACCGAGGGGAUGAGCAUCAAGAUGGUGCUGAUGUGGACCAGCGGUGACACCUUCAAGACUGCCUACUUCCUGCUGAAUCGCGUGCCGUUGCAGUUCUCCGUCUGCGGACUGCUGCAGGUGUUCGUGGACCUGGCCAUCCUGCUGCAGGCCUAUACCUAUGCCCGCCGGCCCCCAAAGCCCAUGCCCCACCCUGCCCACCCUGUCAGUGCCAAGGCGCUCUGA